CCAGCCUCGCCAGCUCUUGCGAUCAAGACCAGACUGGUGUAAUGGCCGCCUAAUCGGUUUUAGCUUUGAAAUAAGUCUGGUUGCCGCAUUGAUAUAACAAUGAUUAAAACAAUUAUUUGGUUUGCUGGCGGUGGCUUAUUUACUGCUUGUUUCGCCAAUGCUUUUAAGAAUGCUCCAUUAUUCAAAAAGCCAUCUAGACAUAUUCUAUUUACAUUAGCUGGACUUGCCAUUGGAUAUAGAUUCCACUUAUUUGAAGAAAAUUCUGAAGAUCUUUACAAAGAAUUAAUAAAGAAACACAAAAAUGCACCCUGGUAUGAUAGAGGUGUUCUUUUAGCUGAGAAGGCUUCAAAGGGAGAUGAAGAUGAGACUGGUAUGAUUGAAGAUGACUUUGAAGAUUUGGAGGACGAUGAAGGUGAUGAAGAUGAGGAAUAGAAAUAUAAAGAUGUGUGUUGUUGUUCCGAGGUUUUCAGUAGAAUUUGUUAUUGUCAACCAUGAUUUGUUUUUUCCUUUGAUUGCCUUGUAAGAAAAUUUAGAUGCUAUUAA